ACUAUAACCUAUUGCCUGGCUGACUUUGCUCCAGUCUGACACUGACUGGCCGGACCAUGGCUUCAGUGCAGGCUCUGGGGGGUCCCAGUGCCGGGCUGACCUGUGCUCUGAUCCUGAUAUUCACAGUGCUCCUGCAGUCCCUCAGUGUGGCUGUGACUUACAUAUACUUCUCCAAUGAGCUGAAGCAGAUUCAGGACAAGUACUCCAAAAGUGGCAUUGCUUGUUUCUUAAAGGAAGAUGACAGCUCUUGGGACCCCAAUGAUGAAGAGAGUAUGAACAACCCCUGCUGGCAAGUAAAGUGGCAACUACAUCAGUUUGUUAGAAAGAUGAUUUUGAGAACCUAUGAGGAAGACAUUUCUACAGUUCCAGAAAAGUCACAAAAUAUUCCUUACCAAGAAAUAGAAAAAGGACUUCAGAGAGUAGCAGCUCACAUAACGGGGACCAGUCGGAGAAGAAGCACAUUACCAGAUCCAAGCUCAAAGAAUGAAAAAGCUUUGGGCCAGAAAAUAAACUCCUGGGAGUCAUCAAGAAAAGGACAUUCAUUCUUGAAUAAUUUGCACCUGAGGAACGGAGAGCUGGUUAUCCAUCGAAAAGGGUUUUAUUACAUCUAUUCCCAAACAUAUUUUCGAUUUCAGGAAUCUGAGGACACUUCGGAAACGAUUUCACCAGAACAGAAAAGAAAGAAAAACAAACAAAUGGUACAAUAUAUUUACAAAUACACAAGUUAUCCUGACCCUAUACUGCUGAUGAAAAGUGCUAGAAAUAGUUGUUGGUCUAAAGAUUCAGAAUAUGGACUCUAUUCCAUUUAUCAAGGUGGAAUAUUUGAGCUUAAAGAAAAUGACAGAAUUUUUGUAUCUGUAACAAAUGAGAAGUUGAUUGACAUGGACCAAGAAGCCAGUUUUUUUGGGGCCUUUUUAAUUGGCUAAAUGAUCUGAAAAGGAAAAAGAAAGAAAAAAGAAGACAGUGUCUUUGCAGUGUCCUUUCAAUUCAGGCUGAUAUACUGUGAAAAUAUCCCACCAUAUCUGACCAAAUAAGGCAGCCUGAGCAAAGCAGCUGCAACAAAAAGACUGCAACGUAUCAUUUUUAAAUAUCUCUGAAAAGUGACCAACUUAUUGCAAAAAUGAAAUUGCUAAAAGACCUUUCAGGACUCUACCUGAUACCAGUUUUUUAACAGAAAUCUAGAAGAUUCUCAGUGUACAAGCACUUGUGUAGCAAUUAAGCUAUUCUAUCUUCAUCAUCUACUCUUGAGAAGAUUCCAGAAGAGAAAUUACCUAUUUCUUAAGUAGUAAAUUGUCACAUUGGUAGCUUCCAGGUUGCUGUAAGAGACAACAUUCCCAGAGUUGAAAGAGAAAGGGGCACCACUAAAAGCUCAUAAUCUUGGGAGGUGAUCCUCUGUCCACACAAUACAUGCAACGUGCAAAGGGAGUGCUUUGUGCAGGACUCUGCAGGAGCUGCCUCAUACACUUAGAUUUGGUGCAAAUAAGAAAAUUCCACUCGAAGUAGUACCAUUUCGCUAAAAUAAAGUUAUGUUCUGUGAACAAGGAACUACUUCUGAAUGGCUUGUGCUGCCAGAUCAAGCUUGCCAAAAGCAAUAAAGAUUUUUAUUUCUAAUUUUUAAAAAAUAUAUGCGCUGAAGAUAUUUUGAAUAAAGGGCUCGAGAAUCAGUGAUCCGUUAAUCAGAAAUCAGGGAAUUUGGUCUCAUGUGAGGAGGAGAAAUGGGAAAGUCAGAAUGACAAACACAGGUAAAUCAGCAGUAAAGAGCUACCCCCACCUCCCUUGCUAGAUGUCAAAUAUCUAGUAUAUACCUGCCAUUUAUUUGCCCCUGCCAGAAGAACAGCAAUUCCUUUCAUCUUCCAAAACAUUUCAUUUCACCAUUUAAUUUAAUCAGUUAUAGAAAAAAUUAAUUGAGGCAUUUGUCUAAUCUCUUUUAAUUUUUAUUUGUGAUCACAACAUAACUUAUACUCUUUGGUUAUAUGCUCAAAUUUUUAUUUAAAUGUGUCUUGAUUAAUCAGGUCUUCUUCAAAAAAGCUCAUUCAAAUUUAGAUUUACAACAUGCUAUGACACUUAGCACUUCUGACUCUCCUCAUUCUAUUUUUUCCAUAACAUUAAUCACAUUCUUACAUACAAACAAAUUGACAUUUAUGUUAGAGGUAAGUCUUCUCUCUCUCUAGAAUAUAAGCCCUGCGAUAGCAGGGAACAUUUAGUCUUGGUUGCGUCUGUUUCCCUAGUACCUAGAAUAAUACCUGAACAUAAUACUCACACAAAAUAUAUUUGUAAAUAAAUGAUUGACAGAAAGAAAGAAAGAAAAGAAAGAAAGAAUAUCUAGUUACAUUGAAAAAAUAAAUAUCCCAUCUUACUCCUUACACCAAAGAAACUGGAGAAUUUCAAAAGUAAUCUCAAAGUGGAGAAGAUCUUUUAAACCAAGAUUUAAAACCCAAAGAAAAAGACUGAAAUGUUUGGUGAUGUAUAACUUAGGGAUCUAAGAGAAAAUUAAUUUUUAGUCUAUAUUUUUGUACUAAAAUUUUAUAAUGUGUUACUUUUUCAAUAAAAAUGACACGUUUAAGUAUGUAGUUUUUAUCUAAUACUCAUAAUUAUUUUCUAAUACCAAGAUUACUAAAAAUGCGAGAAAGGACUUCUAAUCUCGUUUCCACAAUAUCUUUUAUUUGACCUAUCUUACAGAAGAGAGAAAUAAAUUGCUCACUUUUAAUGUGAUAAAAUAUACCUCUCUUUUCCCUUAUGGUUAAUGCUUUUAUUAUAGAUUGAAUCAUGUCCUCUGAAAAGAUGUGUUGACAUCCUACUCCCCAGUAUCUAAGAGUGUGAUUUUACUUGGAAAUAGGAUUGUUGCAGAUAUAAUUAGUGAAGAUGAGGUUGUAGUGGAAUAGGGUGGGCCUAUAAUACAGUAUGAUGAAUAUUCUUAUAAAAGGAAGGCAAAUUAGAGACAGAGACACACAGCAGCACUGGGAAGCUAAUAUAGCUUUUCAUACCACAUUCAAGAAAUCUUUUCUACUGACAUCAUACAAAUAUCGCCACAUAUAUUUUUUCUAAUUGCUUUAAAGUUUGGCCUUUCAUAGUUUCAUAGUAUUAUUUGACUAUAAUUUAAUUCUUUGUGAUGUGAGACAGGGAUAUAAUUUAUCUUACCAUUUCAGUAGCCAGUUGUCCAACACUGUUCAUUGGGUAGUUCACUUUUUUCACCACUGAUUUUAAUAUCUCUUCUAUCAUAUACCAAGCUGUCGUGGGUCUCUUUCUGUGCUCACUUUUUCCCUCAUUGGUCUAAUUGUCCAUCCUUGCACCCAUACCAUCCUUUUUUUUUUUUUUUAAUUGUGGUAAAAUAAACAUAACAUAAAAUUUACCAUUUUUACCAUUUUUAAUGUACAAUUUAGUGGUAUGAAGUAUAUUCACAUUGUUGUACAACCAUCACCACCAUCUAACUCUAAAACUUUUUUAUCUUCCCAAACUAACACUUUGUACCCAUUAAGCAAUAACUCUUCAUUUUCCCUUAUCCCAACCCCUGGUAGUCACGAUCAUAUUUUUUUUUUACCAGAGACCAAAUUUGUGAGCACCUCUAUCUUGGACUUCCCAGCCUCUAGGACUGUGAGAAAUAAAUUUCUGUUGUUUAUAAACCAUCCAAAUAUGUGAUAUUUUGUCGUCGCAGCCCAAACAAAGAUAAAAGGGCAGAGAGAUUAUUUGAAAAAAUGAUGGCCAAAACUUUUCAAAUUUAAGGAAAUACAGGAAUCUACAAAUCCAAGAAGCUCAACAAACUCCAACCAGAUAAAUUAAAGAGACCCAUACCAAGACAUAUUAUAAUCAAGCUUUCCAAAGACAAAGAGAGAAUCUUGAAAGCAGCAAGAGAAAAGUGACUUGUCACAUUCAAGGGGGGUCUCGAUAAGAUUAUCAGUCAAUUUCUCAGCAUAAAUCUUGGGGACCAGAAGACAGUAGGAUGAUAUAUUUAAGUACUAGAAGCAAAAACUUUCAAAUGAAAGUUUUAUAUCCAAAAAACUGUCCUUCAAAGUGAGGGAGAAAUUAAGACAGUCCUAGAUAAACAAAAGCUGAGGGAGUUUAUUACCACUACACCUGCCCUACUAGAAGUGCUAAAGGGAAUGCUUCAAGUUGAAAUGAAAGGACACUAGACAGUGACUUGAAGCCAUAUAAAUAUAUAAAGAUCUCUAGUAGAGGAAAAUACAUUGCAAACUGUAAGAAACAUUAUUAUUGUAAUUUUGAUGUAUAAAAUUCAUUUUUAUUUUCUAUAAUAGUUAAAAGUCAAAUGCAUAAAAUAAGUAUAAAUCUAUGUUAAUGGGUACAAAAUACAUAAAGAUAUAAUUUGUGACAUCAAAAACAUAAAGUGGUAAGGUAACAAAACUGUAAAGGAGUAAAUUUUGUGUGUAAUUGAAGUUGAUACCGAUUCAAAUAGAUUGUUAUAACUUUGGGAUAUUAUAUGUAAUCCCCAUGGUAGUCACAAAGAAAAUAUCUAUAGAAUAUACAUAAAAGGAAAUGAGAAGGGAACCAAAACACCAUAAAAAGUGAACUAAACACAUGAAUGGUCAUAAUGAAAGAAAUGAGGAAAGACAAAACUAUAAAAUAUAUAGAAAGAAAUAUAUAGAAAGAAAAUAAAUGUCAAAAGUAAGUCCUUUAAGUAUAUAUGGAUUAAAACUACUCUAUCGAAAGACAUAGAUUGGCAGAAUGGAUUUAAAAAUGUGAUCCAACUAUGUGUUGUCUAUAAGAGACAACCUUUAGAUCUAAGAAUAUGUAUAGGUUGAAAAUGAAAUGACAAAAAGAUAUUCCAUGCAAAUAGUAACCCAAAGAGAGGUAUGGUGGCUAUGAGAAUAUCAGACAAAAUAAACUUUAAGUUAUGG